AUGGCACACGAUGGUAUGUCACGCUCGAAUUUUGCACGCUCGCAAAGCAAAGUGUGGUUCGGAAAUGGACCCGACAGUGGCCCAUCGUACGGGGGUUUCCGACCGUACGGGUUUCACCUUCACAGUGGGCCAAUCUCACGGCCUGCAUUUCACGAUCUCGACGAAGAGGACGAGCUGAUCGAGGAGGAGGAACCGCGGCAACAGUUGAGCCAACGGGACACCAGCACGAUCGGUGCUAAAAGCUGGGCUGAAACGAACCGUCAAGGAAGUCCUGCGAGUCACAAAAGUCAGGACUCGGGCUUUUCCGACACGGAAACAUCCCCAAACGCGGGUGGCGGUCCGGCCAAGGUUGGCGUGAAUGAAAGCCAAACCACAUCCGAGAGCAAGCUCACACCAAAGAGAACCGUGAACGAGGAGUUGUUCACACGAUCACCUUCCCUCAACAGCACCGUACCGACACCACCAACUGUGAUCCGGCGGCCAGUUCCGGCACCACCCAGAGAAGACGAUGGAGCUGGAAUGCUUGCGUCAGGACGACGACUCUCGUUCGACGAUGAGUCAGAAUCACAACGAAUCCCUCCCGAAAGCCCUCGAAAUGUAUCGCUCAAGCGUGGUCGCGUGAUUACGAAAAACAGCCGCGUAAAGCGCAAUCUCAGCGAUCAAUUGAGCUCCACAAGCGAGGAAAUGAUCUCCCUUGACAGCAGCGAAUUGUCGAGCAUCCUCGCCGGGACGGUGCCAUCUGGGCCGGAAUCCUUGCCGACACCGAUCACGGAAAGUCGUGGGAGUGAGUUGCCAACGUAUGGCGAUCUUUACCCAACCCGAGGCACGUCAACACCGAUCAAAGACCAAGCGAAACUGUAUCGAUCGCUACCACUCUCACCAUCACACCGAUCGUAUGCUCCCGUUCGACCUGUUGUAGCGCCCUCUGGUGUGGAAAACUUCUUCGACGAUCCCACGGAUAGUACCACGUGCAAUAGUGAGCAUGCGCUCAGCUACACGAUCUACGAUAAUCCACUGUUGAACGGACAUCAACCUGCCGUACAGGGCUGGCUAGAUGGGUUACGGUUCUCGUGCCACUCCGAGGUGCAAUCGAUUCUACAGACGAAGUCGAUCGCAGCUGAAGCGAGUCGAUCACUUCGGUUAACGUCCGCUGUGGCGGUGAAAAUCGUGCGGCAUCUGCAGGACAAAGUGACCUCGUUGCAGGGAGCGUUCGAGCGCGUUGAGAAGCUAUUUGCUGGUGUGACUAGGACCUCGCAGGACCUCACGGAGGACGAAGAACUGGAGCUUGUGUUCCGUCAGGUAGGACCGUCCGUACAGGAGCUGGCCACGAACAUCGAAGCGUUCGUGGCGAAACAACAGCGCGUGGACUAUUUCGGCCGUGAAGCUUCCGGUAGAGAUGAUCGACGGAAGUUCGCCGAAAACACGCGUGCCCUCGCGGACAUGACAGCGGAUCUACGGUUGGCGGCUGGAAACAGUGAAGCGUUUGAUCACCGAGCGGUGGAGGAGGAGAUUCAGAUCGUGAAGCGAUACUUCUUGAUCACGGUGCGGUUGAUCUUCAAACAUCUCGUGCGCGUGAUCGUUGAUGCCGUCGAGGCAGCUCGGUGUGAGAUGAUUCUGCGAUCGAACUUGAGCUAUGUGGCGAGUCUGUCGAACCUGGACUACGGAGGUUUGGCCUCGUUAAAUGACGCAUUUAUUGCGAACGGCACCGUACGGGUGUUGCUGCUGGUUUGCGUCGAAUCACGGUUGUCUUCUGUGCGAGCUCUCGCUCUAAGGGCGUUGGCUACGGUUUGUUCCACGACGGAAUCAAUCCGACAACUCGAGCGUGCUGAUGGACUAGAGGUCCUGCGGGAUAUCCUGGUGGCGAGUGAAUCCGACAACAGGGCUGAACCCGAGCUGCGAGAGGCCGUAUCGGUGUUAACGCAGAUCACAGCACCCUGGCACGGAGAGGAACAUCGACUCGAGGGUCUAAAACAGCACGUUCACGCUAUCGUCGAAGCGAUCACCGAGAUCAUCACGAAGACGUGCUGCUGCCAGACGUUGCUGCUUUGCUCGGCCAGCCUGAACAACAUGACGCGCAUCGAACCGACGUCGGUUUACUCGCUGAUGUCGCAGGAUACGGUCGGUCGGCUGAAGGUGGCCACCGAACAGCGUGGUCCGGGUGCAUCCAUCUUCCUUUACGAACAAUACACCUCGACGCUCUACAACAUGUCCGCCAACUGGAAGUGCCAUCACCAUCUCGCUGGACGGCCUCUGCUCACCUUCCUCGUGACUGUACUCGGUCAAAAGUUCCACGAGCGAAUGCCAACACGCGUGGAGUCCGAGGCGCAACGCAAGACGAUCCGCAACAUCCUACACGUGUUGGCGCGACUGCUCGGGGGUGGUAGCCUUGCGUCGGGCGCAUCCCUCGAGCUGAUCGAGUCCACCAUUGUGCCGGUGUUGGCGAGAAUCGAACGCACGAUGGACGGUGACAGUGAGCACGGUCGGGACGUUUCGUCCGUUAGCCGUCGGUGCACGGAGAGUUUGGCCUCGCGGACGAAUGGUGGUUUGGGGGCGGUGAAGGACGAAGGAGAACCGGUGCAGGUGGCUCCACUUCACGUGACGCGGCUCACCAUCCGACGGGAUCCGGUGCAGGGACCGGUCAUGGUGCUGGACCAGAACCGACAGGAGAGUUACGUCUGAAGGGCACCCGAUUAAAUUAGUAUCCCAACCCUGUGGCUCAGCUACGACCGCGGUGGGUGAAGAAAACCAAGGAAUCCUAGUGCCAUAAGCGAACGAACGAACGAACGAACGAAAGGACGAACCGGCCAGGACGAGUGCGCGACUGUUUACGUUAAAGCGGCCUCGAACGAGAGUGUCCUUCGAGAGGUCCUCGAGCGUGAAGCCCAUAGAAUUUCGCGUUAGUUGCCUCCUUGCGUCCAAGGACGUCUCGCGUGAAAAUGGACGCGAAAUGCUUGUAUGUGUGUGUGCGGGAUGUACGUGGGCUGAAAUGAUGAAAGAACGUCCUGCGUCCACCCGCCGAACGUUCGUUGUUGUAAUUUAUCUACCAAUGUUGUAGCACGUAAGAAGCGAACCGAAAACGGUGUAGCAAAUUUGUAACGCAAAACGAAUCAGACGAACAGCUGAUCGCGCGAAUGAAGAUAAAUGAGAUG